AUGUCUACAUACGAGAGUUUGAAUCAGCAAAUAGAUAGAGGCGCUAUAGAGUGCCUAAAUGAGAGCGCCGUUCGCAAGGUCACUAAUAUACUAACAUCCGGAAUCGAUAGCUUUUUGGAGUCUGGUGAAGGGGAGCAGCUCCUCAUCAAGUUCAGAUUCUUGAAUCCUGUAAAGAUUGAUUCUAUAAUUGUAAAGGGGCUUCCAAAUGGAGUAGAAAGCGGUACUGCACCAAAGGUUGUUCGUUUAUUUGCGAAUGAUGAAGAUAUUGACUUUCAAGAUGCCGAAUCAAAUCCUUGCACACAGGAGAUUGUUCUAGAAGAGAAGCAUAUACGUGGAGAAAAGCUUCAACUUCGCUUUGUUAGAUUUCAAAAUGUCAACAGUCUAGUUCUCUUUGUAGCUGAAAACCACGGAGCUGAGACAACCCAGAUUGCGCAUGUAGAACUUUAUGGCACAGAUGCAUCCUGUACACCACUAGAGAAUUGGAAACCUGUUCAAGAGGGGGAUAUGUAA